UCCUGUCUCCCAGUAGUUUGCAUAUAGGCCAGUGGAUCAAACAAGGGGGUUGGAGGGAGGGGGGAAGUGGUGAGAAGUUGGAAAGUUAACACUCUGGACUUUUCCAUCAUGUUAACCAAGAAGGCAGAAAUGAAGAGAUCAAACCCAGCAAUGAAGGCAAGAGACAACACGUUGACCCCUGUCCCCUCUUCUGUCUACAGCCCAGGAAAGGCAGACAGAGCAAACACCAACUAUCUCUCUCUACGAAGCCAAAACCACAGGCCACUUCAAUCAGAAAUGGAGACAUUUUCAUACCUAGCUCGUGAAUGCAAAGGAUCGAAACAGGAUAUGAUGAUGGCAAAAAAAGGAGGAGGAGUACAGGAUUUAAAACAUGAACUAAAGGAGGUGAGGGAAGAGCUCAAAGGAAAAAUGGAAGAAAUACAUCAGAUAAAAUAUAUAAUGAACAAGGAUUUUGAUAAACUCCAGGAGCUCGUAGACAUUAUGAAGGACAUGCAGAAGGAUAUGGAUGAGAGAAUGGAAGUCUUAAUAAAGCUAGAGACAAACAAAAAGCUGAAGAAACACUACCAACCUGCAACAGGGAAAGACUCAUCUGAGAGAUUUAGUGGUGGGACGUAUUAUGAGAAUUGUUUGUCAUGUUCCCAGAAAAACUGCAGUAGUAUCAGCCCUAAGGAUCUGGACCAAACUAAAAAGAUCUCUAAGCCUCCAAUCAGGAUUUUUGAGAAGGAAAGAGAGGUGAAGGAAGGGAAGGGUAAAGAGAAGAAGGCACAGAUUAUCAGGAAGUCUAACUCCAUCUUACAACAGGAAAAUUGCCACUUUGAGUGUGGGCACCGUUUUAACCAUCGGACUGUGGUGCUGCCUUCUGAUCUAUAUCUAUCUGAAUCCCAAUGCCGUCAAGGACGCUCUCCCUACAAUAUGCAGUCGCAGAACCUAUCAGCACCUUCGUUUCAUCCUCUCCCCACUUCUUGAGCUGCACAUAGAGGGUUUACUGCCCUCUUAGCCCCCUACUAUUUUUUUUCUCCAAGAGAUUAAAGUCUUCAUUUACCAUGA